CAGUCCGCGCCGACUCACGCGCGGUGCGGUCGUUCACCUGGCCGCGUGUCUCGCUCAUUCCUCUACGCGAUCUGCCUCCAGUCGACGCGAUCACAUUCUACUAUUACGAUUGCUCGUAGGUCAGAGUUAUUUGUCCCUUAAAUAACGUGUCUGUCUUGUCUUGUCUUGUCUGUAACUUGUGCCAGAUUUUACAAAAUUGGGUAAAAUGACAGUCACAGAAAAUCUGUGCUGAGUAGUCAUCAUCACUACGGUGACGUCACGCAGAGGCUUCCUACGGAGUUGGUGUAGCCCCCCUCCCGGUGCGCGGCGCAGUACAGUUAGCGGCAGAGUAUCGCUCGGGGCCGCGGACACUACCACUGCCAGCUCCUCAUAGGGAAUGCACAACGCGCGUCGAUUACAGCUGACCUACCUGCGUCAAGUGAACGCCUGAGCAGCUCCAGCAAGCAGUCAUGGCCAACAGCAGCCGCAGCAGUCCCGACUCACAGCAUGUUACUGGCGCGGCGCUGCGCGAGGACGUGCCGCUGAAGGCGGGCGCCGGCGUCCGCGCGCGCUGCUGUGCGCCCGGCCCGCGGCUCAUCCUCACCGCUUUCGCCGUGCUCUCCGCCGCCAUCACUCUGGCGCUCGUUACGCAAAUCUACUACGGUGACUUCGAGCUGGUCCCGCACGGCAGCGUGUCGUCGUCGGCGGCGGCAUGUUCCCGCGCGGGUACGGACGCGCUGAAGGCGGGCGGGCGCGCGCUAGACGCUGCCGCCGCCGCCGCGCUGUGCCUCGCUGUGCUGGCGCCGCACCGCACCUCGCUCGACGCGAGCGGAGCGAUGCUGUACUGGGAGUACCGCGCGGCACGCACACGUCCGCCCGCGCUGUACGAGUGGGGGGGCGCCAUUGAGGGCGCCAGUGAGGACGCCAGCCAGGGCACCUCCGGGCGCCCACCGCGGCUACUGGUCGCGCUCGCCACGCUGCACGCUCAGCUCGGCGCCCUGCCCUGGCAACAGCUGCUAAUGCCCGCAAUACAUUUAGCUAAGGAGGGCUAUCAGGUAUCCGAGGGACUGGCAGCGGCGGCAGGCGCGGCGGGCCCGAGCCCGGCGACUGGCCCGGUGGCAGCAGGCUCGGUGGCCACGGCCCCGGCACUGGCCGCCUUCCUGUCCACGCUACUGCCCAACUCUAGCGCCGAACUGUCGGAGGCGUGGCGCGGUGCAGCGCUAGUGCGUAGUACGACGCCGAUAGAGACGCGCGCUGGCGCCUGGCGCCUGCUGGCGCCCCCUGGCGCCUCGGGAGCGGCACGUGCGCUUCAAGCUGCGCUAAUGCCGGCGCCCGCCUCGCCGGAUGAAGCGCAACGUAGGGUGAUAGCAGCGCUGCAGGAGGAGUCGCGCGCGGGCCGGCUGCGGGCGCCCGGCCCCGCCACCGGGCUCGCCGCCGUCGACCAGUACGACACGUACGUCGCGCUCGUCACAGGACUCUCAGCGCCUUUCGGAUCGGGCCCAGCGGAGGAAAGCGGGGCGCCAGAUGGGGCGCCAGGUGAGGCGCCAGGAGAGGCCGGCUGGACACCAGAUGAGCCGCACGAGCAACUCGACCUGGCGCCCGCCAUCAUGCUCGACACCACCGUCUGCGGUCAGUACACCCUGCCUCUGCAUCACUUGUGUAAUAAUAUUGGCACGCGGUACGUGGUGGGCGCGGAGUCGUCGAGCGCGCUGGCGCAGGCGGGCGCGGCGCUGGCGGGCGACGGCGCGCCCGGCGCCGUGGAGCGCGCGCGCGUGGCGCUGGGCCCGGGCGGCGCGCUGGCGCUGGAGGCGGGCCGGCCGGCGCCCGCGGCCGCGGCGCUGCCGGCGCCGGCGCCGUCCAACGCGUCGGGCCCGCACGCCGCCGUCAACGUGGUGCAGCAGCGCGCGGACGCGCUGGCCUCGCACGCCGACAGCCGCGGCGGGGGACUCGCCUCGCGGUUCUGA